GAGAGAUCUGUAUUCUUUGUCUCUGAUUCAAAGCGCAGCAUUGCCAUAACCGCGCGUGUAUUUGUGCGUGCGUAGGAUGUGUAGCUGUGCGCAAGCAUAAAAAUCAGCGUUGAUUUUUCUCGGAGUCAUCGGGGUUUGAGGUUAAACCUGGGACUGAUAGUGCCCUUAGGAUAAUUAGGAGGAUAAACGGGCAACGCUUCGUUGCACCGCUCGCGAUGGAGGCCGAGAGUAUCGUGCGGAGGCUCACCAAGGCUUUGAGCACAAUCCUGUCAGGGAAGGCCGAAGAGGUGUCAGAGGGAUGGGACGAGCUCAAUGAGAUCGACCAGGUCCUUCGGGAGACCAUAGUCUCGACGAACCUGGAGGACAUCUUCUGGGACACUUUGAAUUUCGGGGUCCAGAAUGUGCAGGAGGCCCCUCGACUGUUGACCUGGUUCGCAAAAUACCUGACGGAGAGGAGUGAACCGUGCAGCAGUUUCCUCACUUUUCUGGAAAGCGUCUACAUUAAUGACAUCGCUAUCCUGGCAGACGUCCUGCAGAUGAUACAGGAACAUCCAAUCUACUUAAAGCCCAACGCGAACUACAUCAACCUAGGUAAACUAAUCAUCCUUCGAUUGGCGGACUUUCCGAUGCCCUGCGAGCACACAAAGAUAUCUCAAUUCAUGGGGCACACCAGGAAGAUACAGUCGUUCCUCGAGAUGAUCUGCAAACAGACAAGGAACGUGGACGCCGCUAUAUUUUCGUUUCUGGAUACAUUGUAUGAUAUCAUAUCGGACACUAACAAGAAGCGAGAACCAGGGCCAGGAUUGGCUGUAGUCCUGGAACUGGUUCACGUCUCGGUGAUCCAGCACGCGGUCGAUUGGAUCCUUUCGGAGCUCCACAACGAGGAGCAACUGGUAGAGUCUCUAAAGGUACUUUGUUCCUGGGUGCCAAAAUGGCCCCAAGGAAAUUAUCUUCGGGUCUGGAUAAUGGCUCUGAUUAGGGGUUUGGAAGCAGAGCACAAGUAUUCCGUAUUAGCGGAAGCUACCGAUGCCACCGCGGUGACUAUGUUCAGCUCUCUAAUGCUUCCCUGUGUACGUAAGAACGUAUCGAUAGUGUUUCACAUCCUGAGCAGGCAAAGUACUCCUACUCUCUUCCAUAAGAUCAUUAAGAAAGUUCCAAAGGUUCUCCCACACUUGAUGAAAGAUAACUCGGAGCAGAGUAAACAAUGCGUUCAAGAUAUAGUUGACGUCACCAAGGCGCUCACUCUGCGAUUUCCUGGAUAUCCCAUUUACGAGGGUCUACUGAACAGCUUCCCCGUGGUACCGAACAUGCACGUGGUCCAUGACAUAUUCCAUGGGCCCAUAUGGGCAGAAGAGACGGAAGAGCUGGAAUCGCAAAUCAAUCGCAGAGACAACUCUGGAAAGGUUGGCCUGGUCAACUUGGGAAACACUUGUUACAUGAAUAGCAUUCUUCAAGCAUUAGUGAUGACCAAGCAGUUUUGCCACGAGGUCUUGACUUACAAGUACUCCCACAAGUUUAACGACCAAUCACUGUUUCGGAAACUGCAAGAUCUGUUCGCUCUGCUGCAAUACUCGAAGCGCGUCUCCCUGUCUCCGAACGACAUCUUGCUGGCUUCUCGCCCUGUCUACUUCAUGCCCGGUGAACAACAGGACAGCUCCGAGUUCCUCUGCCAUCUUCUGGACGUGCUGUACGAGCAAGAGAAAUCGAUUACUGCCCAAUGCGGUAACGGGAACGCCGCGACCAGUACCAAGACAAAAGAGGAAGAACAAGCAAUGGACGCGAACGAGUCGAUGGGCGAGUCCGGAGGCAUGAUCAAGAGAUGGACAACGGAAGAGGACCUCACCGGCGACACGAUCCUGCAAAGGAAGACGCAGUCCCUGGCGGACUUCACGCAAGGUGAAGACUUGGGUCAAACUCAGCAACUCAGCGACUCCCACUCGGACUCAACGGACAGUGGAAUACAGUCGGUAGGAGGUGAAGAGGUCAGCACGCAAACCUUCCUGGUGCACCGAGUAUUCGGGGGAGAGUCGAAAAUCACCUACCAGUGCGCCCAAUGCGACAACAGUUCCCACAACACGGACAGGUUUCGGGACCUGCAACUCUGCUUCCCGGAGGAGAUCCCGGAGACGCAAGAGGUCUCGGUGCAGGACCUGAUAAAUUAUUACCUGACGCCUGAAAAAUUAACCGGCGAGAAUCAAUACCACUGCGACAAGUGCAUGAAGCUCUGCGACGCGCAGAGGAUCAUCAAAGUAUUACGAGCGCCCUCCCACCUGAUUCUAACACUGAAGCACUUCCAUUACGACUCGGAGAGCAGGCUGCGGGCGAAGCUGCGUCACAAGAUCAUGUACAACGAGACCAUACAACUGCCGGUCUCCACGUUGUCGAAUAGCGUGACCGAGACCUACCAACUGUACGCGGCGGUGGUGCACGCCGGCUACAGCAUGGACUACGGCCACUACUUCACCUAUUCCCGGGAUUCCAAGCAGAAUUGGUACAAGUUCAGCGACAGCUACGUCACCCAGACAACGUUGGAGGACCUGAAGCGCCUGGAGCCCCCGGACACGCCCUACGUCCUCUUCUACGAGAGGACCACCAACUCCGAGGUGGUAUACGAAGACGACAGGCCGGAGCUGACCUCGCUCAGCAAACACCUCCAGGAGCUGAUAGCGAUAGACACGACGGCGUACACCGAGGAGUUGAGGCACCAGGCCGAGAAGAAACGCCGGAAGAUCUCGAAGAUAAUCAGGAAACGGCGCGACAAUUCGGACGACGACAACCCACCUCCGAGUAGUUGUCGAGGGCCCGUCGACAUCUUGACGAACCACAUUCUCUUCUAAGGACACGCUUCAUGCCUGCAGAGCGCACCUAUCGACUCCUCGACCCGAACCUUUGGUCGAGAACGAUGUACCGUAUUAUAAUUUCAAGGUCGUGACGCUUUGUCGAGUCCGGCCGCUGCUCUGCAUCGCAUGAAUCGCGUCCAGUGCCGGAAGCGACUCGCGGUUAAGCGUGCAAAAAGACAAGUUAUUCGUACACAUGUUACGAACUGUACGCAGGAGUGGUUCCCCUGUCGUCCUGUACGAACCUCUUCUGGAAUCGUCCCCUGCGCGUUUCCAAAACGCCGACCGGGUUAUCGCGAUGUUUCGGACGUAUCUCGUGUGUUCAAUUCCUUCCUCGGUCCGGGUGAACUUUUAAUUUAUUUCGGCCAAUCGCGGCAGCGUAGCGUAAUUUCGUUAAGUUUAGUCUCGGUGCAGGAGAAAGCGCGCUCUUCGUAGGCCAUUUAUAAAAAUGCGUUCUAGGGAAGGUAAACGGCGAAACUCUCACCGAUUUCCUCAACCCUUCACGCAGGACCUUCGACGACGACGAUCGCGUUAUACGUAAACACGUACCGACCGACGCUUUCGUAACGUGUACUCGUGUACUUGCAACAAGUAAUCCAACGUCAGUCGCGGUUGACGCGCAAAACUAUACACACGUGGACUGUGUCAAACGGUCGGAAUUUCUAACGCUUGUAUACCGAUUUAAAAAAAAAAGAGAGAAAUUCACGUCCCAGAUAUUAGAAUCGUUUAAUGCCUGGCACGAUGAAAAAUACAGGGAAAAAAAAAAACGAG